UAUGCGGUAGGCUACACACCUUUCAGGCAGGAAAAUACCAACGAAACACCCUAAAACCGGCUCUCCUCGCCCCACAGCCUUAUCAACGACUCAGACCGGAGCCUGAAGUGCCAGUAGAACGAGCCAUGUCCAAGCCAACGGGGGGCGGUGUCAACGAUGUCACCCACUUCCUGGCAUCAGGGGGUGCACCGCCAGGGUCUCCCACCUCCAACCCGAUGUUCUCCGGCGCCAGCCAGGCCGACUGGGCGGCUAAAAGGCUGGUGUGGGUGCCGUCAGACAAGCAUGGCUUUGAGUCGGCCAGCAUUCGGGAGGAGCGCGGCGAUGAGGUGGAGGUUGAGCUGACAGACAGCCAGAGGAAGGUGACACUGUCCAGGGAGGAGGUGCAGCGGAUGAAUCCCCCGCACUUCAGCAAAGUGGAGGACAUGGCCGACCUAACCUGCCUCAACGAAGCCUCCGUGCUGCACAACCUGAGAGAGAGAUACUACUCGGGCUUGAUUUAUACAUAUUCAGGGCUGUUCUGCGUGGUGGUGAACCCUUACAAGAACCUGCCCAUCUACACAGAUUCCAUCGUGGAGAUGUACCGGGGCAAAAAACGCCACGAUAUGCCCCCCCACAUCUACGCCAUAUCGGAGGCCGCCUAUCGCAGCAUGCUACAAGACCGAGAAGACCAGGCAAUCCUCUGCACAGGCGAGUCCGGAGCUGGAAAAACCGAGAACACAAAGAAAGUCAUCCAGUACUUGGCUCAUGUUGCCUCCUCCCAUAAGGGUGGCACUCUGGGUAGGAACAAGGAAGCUAUACAGAUGGACGGUUCUAAAUCCUUAACAAGAGGCAGUUCUUUGGGGAACAAGAGUAUGAAAUAUGGCGAGCUGGAGAAACAGCUCCUGCAGGCCAACCCCAUCCUGGAGGCCUUCGGCAACGCAAAGACUGUCAAGAAUGACAACUCCUCUAGAUUUGGUAAAUUCAUCCGCAUUAAUUUUGAUGUGGCGGGCUACAUUGUUGGUGCUAACAUCGAAACCUACCUCCUUGAGAAGUCCCGCGCCACCCGUCAGGCCAAAGACGAGAGGACGUUCCACAUCUUUUACCAGUUGCUGUGUGGAACUUCAGACGAGACAAAAGCGGACCUGCUCUUGGGAACUGCUGAUGAGUACCGCUUUCUCAGUGGGGGCUCCAUCCCUGUUGCUGGUCAGAGCGACUCGGAGAACUUCACCCAGACCAUGGACUCCAUGGUUAUUAUGGGCUUCACCCCGGAGGAGUCGCUCUCCAUGCUUAAGGUGAUCUCUGCUGUGCUCCAGUUUGGGAACAUUUCCUUCAUGAAGGAGAAGAAUCAUGACCAAGCCUCAAUGCCUGAUAACACCGCUGCUCAGAAACUGUGCCAUCUGCUGGGCAUCAACGUGCUGGAGUUCACCCGGGCCAUCCUCAACCCCAGAAUCAAAGUGGGUCGAGAGUAUGUUCAGAAGGCCCAGACGAAAGAGCAGGCUGACUUUGCUGUGGAAGCCCUGGCUAAGGCCACAUAUGAGCGUCUGUUCAGAUGGCUGGUCCACAGGAUCAACAGAGCUCUGGACCGCCGACAGAGGCAGGGAGCCUCCUUCAUCGGCAUCCUGGAUAUCGCUGGAUUUGAGAUCUUCCAGCUGAACUCCUUUGAGCAGCUGUGUAUCAACUACACCAACGAGAAGCUGCAGCAGCUCUUCAACCACACCAUGUUCAUCUUGGAGCAAGAGGAGUACCAGCGGGAGGGCAUCGAGUGGAACUUCAUCGACUUUGGCCUGGACUUGCAGCCCUGCAUCGACCUCAUCGAGAGACCAGCCCAGCCGCCUGGUGUUCUGGCGCUGUUGGAUGAGGAGUGCUGGUUCCCGCGGGCGACGGACCGCUCAUUUGUGGAGAAGCUGUCCACUGAACAAGGCAGCCACCCAAAGUUCUUCAAACCAAAGCAGCCACGCGGGGAAGCUGACUUCUCCAUCAUUCACUAUGCUGGCAAGGUGGACUACAAGGCACAUAACUGGUUAGUGAAGAACAUGGAUCCUCUGAACGACAACGUGGCGUCUCUUGUCCACCAGUCGUCUGAUCAUUUUGUCUCAGAGCUUUGGAAGGAGGAUAUUCAAACUCUUCCUCGUGUGUACUUCUUUGACUCGUUUGCCACACUACAGGCUAAUGGCACUGAAAUGGACAGGAUUGUGGGUCUGGACCAGGUGUCCUCAGGAGACAACAGCGGGCCGGUCAAUUUUGGAGCGUCGGGGCUAAAGACGAAGAAGGGAAUGUUCAGGACCGUUGGUCAGCUGUACAAGGAGUCGCUCACGAAGCUGAUGGCCACGCUGAGGAACACUAACCCCAACUUCCUCCGCUGCAUCAUCCCCAACCACGAGAAGAGGGCCGGUAAACUGUCUCCCAAUCUGGUUUUGGACCAACUGAGGUGUAAUGGAGUUCUGGAGGGGAUCCGUAUCUGCAGACAAGGCUUCCCGAACCGCAUCCCAUUCCAGGAGUUCAGACAAAGAUAUGAGAUCCUGACUCCGAAUGCUAUUCCUCGCACCUUCAUGGAUGGCAAACAGGCCUCUGAACUCAUGAUCAGAGCUUUGGAGCUGGAUCACAACCUGUUCCGGGUGGGUCAGAGUAAAGUCUUCUUCAGAGCUGGAGUCCUGGGUCAUCUGGAAGAAGAAAGAGACCUAAAAAUCACUGACACCAUCAUACGCUUCCAGAGCGCCUCCAGAGGCUAUCUCGCACGCAAAUCCUUCUUAAAGAAGCAGCAGCAGAUGAGCGCGCUGAGGGUCAUGCAGAGAAACUGCUCUGCUUACCUCAAACUCAGGAACUGGCAGUGGUGGCGUCUGUUCACCAAGGUGAAGCCCCUGCUGCAAGUGACCCGCCAAGACGAGGAGAUCCAGGUUAGAGAGAGCGAGCUCCAGAAGGCCAAGGACAAUCUCACCCGGGUGGAGCAGGACUACACAGACCUGGAUAAGAAACACGCUCAGCUAGUAGAGGAGAAGUCAGUGCUGGCUGACCAGCUGCAGGCGGAGGCGGAGCUGUUUGCGGAGGCAGAGGAGAUGAGGGCCAGGUUGGCAAGCCGGAAACAGGAGCUGGAGGAGGUGAUUGGUGAGCUGGAGAGUCGAUUGGAGGAAGAGGACGAGAGAGGCGUGCAAUUCACCAAUGAGAAGAAGAGGAUGCAGCAGAACAUUCAGGACCUGGAGGAGCAGUUAGAGGAGGAGGAAAGUGCCCGACAGCGCCUCCUGCUGGAAAGGGUUACCUUGGAGACCAAAGUGAAAAGUCUGGAAACCGACCUGUUGAAUGCAGGGGAGCAGAGAGACCGGCUCAGCAAGGAGAAGAAACAGCUGGAGGAGCGUCUGAGCGAAGUGACGGAUCAGCUCACCGAGGAAGAGGAGAAAACCAAAAGUCUGAACAAGCUCAAGAACAAACAGGAAGCUGGCGUCGCUGACCUAGAGGAGCGCCUGAAGCGUGAGGAGCAGGGGCGCAUGGAGCAGGAGAAGUGGAGAAGGAGGAUGGAGAACGACUCCGUGGACGCCCAGGAGCAGCUGUCAGACCUGGGCAUGCUCUCGGCCGAGCUGAGGGGCAGUCUGGCUCAGAAAGAGAAGGAAAUCACCAUCCUCCAGGGCCGGUUGGAGGAAGAAGGAGUGCGUCGCGCAGAAGCUCAGAGGGCGCUGAGGGAGGCCAUGUCACAGGUGUCAGAGCACAAGGAGGAAGUGGAGAAUGAACGAGGCAUGAGAGAAAGGGCAGAGAAACAGAGGAGAGACCUAGGGGAGGAGCUUGAGGCUUUGAGAACUGAGCUGGAGGACACUCUGGACACCACAGCUGCACAGCAGGAGCUAAGGUCUCGUCGGGAAGGGGAGUUAAAUGAUCUCCAGCGGUGCGUCGAAGAGGAGACUCGCCACCACGAGGCCCAGCUGUCAGAACUCCGAGUCAAACACAGCGCUGCCAUCGACAGCAGCCAGGAGCAGCUGGACAAUAGCAAGAGAGCACGUCAGUCCCUGGAGAAGGCCAAGGCAGGGCUGGAGGAAGAGAGGCAGAAUUUGACCACCGAGCUCAAGAGCCUCCAAGUGAGCCGCACGGAGAGCGAGAGAGGCCGCAAGAGGGCCGAGGGUCAGCUGCAGGAGGUCAGCGCCCGACUGGCUCAGGCUGAGCGAGAGCGGGAGGAUAGGGAAGAGCGAGUGCACAGGCUACAGUGUGAAAUUGAGAAUCUUUCCACCAAUGUGUCCUCCUCUGACACCAAAACCCUUCGACUCACGAAAGACGUCAGCAGCCUGGAGAGCCAGCUGCACGAUGCAAAGGAACUGCUGCAGGAUGAAACUCGCCAAAAGAUGGCUCUGGGCACAAGGGUACGAACGCUGGAGGAGGAGAAGAAUGCACUCAUGGAAAGACUGGAGGAGGAGGAGGAGAAAGAUAAAGAGAUGAUCCGGCAGACCCAGACUCAUAGCCAGCAGCUGGCAGAGCUUCGAAAGCAGUCAGAGGAUGUGAACAUUGCAGUUGAAUCCGGAGAGGAGACACGCAGGAAACUCCAGAGAGAGCUUGACAGCACCACCCAGAGGGAGCGACAGAAGGAGGAGGAAAAGGAUCGGGUGGAGAGGCAGAGGGAGCGACUGAGGGAGGAGAUAGAGGACAUGACACUUGCCCUGCAGAGAGAGAGACAGAACUGCACGGCCCUGGAGAAGAGGCAGAAGAAGUUUGACCAGUGUCUGGCCGAGGAGAAGGCGGUGAGCGCUCGGCUGGCAGAGGAAAGGGACCGAGCGGAAGCAGACAGCCGAGAGAAGGAGACGAGACAUCUGGCUCUUUCUCGAGCUCUGCAGGAGGCCCAGGAUCAGAGGGAGGAGCUGGAGAGGGCCAACAAGCAGCUCCGUUUGGAAAUGGAGCAGCUCGUGAACCAGCAGGACGACGUCGGCAAGAGUGUCCAUGAGCUGGAACGCACCCGCAGGACCUUAGAUACAGAAGCCCAGAACCUGCGGGUCCAGACGCAGGAGCUGGAGGAGGAGCUGACGGAGGCGGAGAAUUCGAGGCUGAGGCUGGAGGUCACCCUGCAGGCACUCAAGGCUCAGUUUGAGAGGGAGCUAAGCACCAGCGAGGAGAAGGGAGAGGAGAAGAGGAGGGCGCUCAGCAAACAGGUGAAGGAGCUGGAGAUCCAGCUGGGGGAGGAGAGGACUCAGCGGUCUCAGGCGUCGUCGUCCAAGAAGCAGCUGGAGGCUGAACUCCAGGAAUACGAGGCCCAGGUGGAGACCACCGGCCGCGGGAAAGAGGAGGCUGUGAAGCAUCUCCGCAGGCUGCAGAGUCAAAUGAAGGAAAUUCUGCGCGAGCUGGAUGAAAGUAGGUUGGCUCGGGAUGAGGUCAUAUCACUGUCGAAAGACAACGAAAAGAAGGUCCAAAUUCUGGAAGCUGAAGUCCUGCAGUACACUGAAGAGCUCGCUGUAGCCGAGAGGCAGAAGAGACAGGCUCAGCAGGAGAGAGACGAGGUGGCCGAUGAGAUGGUCAACAGCAGCUCAGGAAAGACCGCAAUGUUUGAAGAGAAAAGGAGGCUGGAAUCGCGAGUCAGUCAGCUGGAGGAGGAGCUGGAGGAGGAACAGAGUAACUCUGAACUGCUGGUGGAAAGACAAAGGAAGGCUGCUCUCCAGGUGGAGACCAUGACGGUGCAGCUGCAGGGAGAGAGGACGUUGGCCCAAAAGGCAGAAGCGGCUCGGGAGCAUCUGGAGAGACAGAACAAGGAUCUGAAGACCCGGCUGGGGGAGCUGGAGGGAGCAGUGAGGGGCAAGCACAGGCUCAGCGUCGCUGCCCUGGAGGCCAAGAUAGAUUCGAUGGAGGAGCAGCUGGAACAGGAGAGACAGGAACGAGCCAUUGCCAACAAAAUGAUGCGGAAGACAGAGAAGAAACUGAAGGAGGUGAUGAUGCAGGGAGAAGACGAGCGAAGGCACGCAGACCAGUACAGAGAACAGCUGGAUAAAUCCAUGGUCCGCCUGAAGCAGCUGAAGAGGCAGCUGGAGGAGGUGGAGGAGGACAACUCUCGCUCCAACGCCCAGAAGAGGAAGCUGCAGAGAGAGCUGGAGGAGCUCACCGACUGCGGUCAGAACAACGCAAGAGAGAUAACCACUCUCCGCGGCCAGCUCAGGCGUGCCGCGUUGCCGCUGGCGCUGCGUGGACGCCGAGCGCUGCUGGACGACCUCUCGUUGGAGAACUCGGACUCGGAGGAGCUCCCUGCCUCGCCGACCCCUUCCUCUGGACUCCCAGGGACCCCGACUCCCUCCUCCGAACACAGCCUGGACCCUCCGCCGCCGUACAGCGUCAACAACACAGUGACGCACACAUAGACUCAGUUACCAACGUAACGCACACACACAAACACACACAGCCUGGACCACUCGGGGUGAAGGCGUAACACGCACAUACAUUUAAGAUGAAUACAUCCGGCGCGAUACCUGUAAAACAACGUCACUGCAAAACAGAAAAAAAGUGUAGAAAUUAGAUUUUACAAAGAAGCAACUGGAAUUAAUUCCUAUUUUGUAACGAACUGUGACAUAAAUAAUGACGACAAAGACUGGAACAUUUCUACAAUACAUCUCUGCUGUGCAUUUCUGAUAAACUAAACUACAUUUCCCAGAGUUCUGUGGGGAAAGUUGAGUUAUUAUCAACUAAUUUCAUGAUGCUGUACAGUACUUGGAGGGCAGGAAACAUUGUGGUGGGCUCGUCUUUUGCAUUCGGAAGUAUUUAAAAGCUUAAGCCAUGUUUACCCCUUUGAUGAGGAAUAUAUAGAUAGAUAGAUAUUAUUCAUAAAGGACUGCUGGAGGGUGAAAAUAAAUAUUUCUGAGAAAUGUUGAGACAAUCUGUUACAUAAAGAAGUCAACAAGAUAAGUCAAAUACACACAUGGAACGAUGUGAGUUCUCACAUGUUCAGAGAAAUUUAAACAAACGUGGUUCAAUUAACAAAAGAGAAAUGGCAAUUAGUAACCAAUAUUUAAGUAAACUUUUUAUUGGAAAUGUUUGAUCAGAAACUGGGAAGCAUUACACUAACUUCUAUAAUAUAUUACAUCAUUUUCAUAUAAUUUGACAGAUUUGUGUAAAGACAAAUAUUUGACCAUUAAAAAAACAGUAUGUUAGAGAAAGCGAUAAGUAGUAUUAAAUAGUUUCUUUAACUAAAGUCUUAACAUAUUGCUUCAGAAUUUGAAUUUAUAUAAUUUAUAUCCGAUGGGAAAUUAUUGAUCGCUGUUUUUUUGCAACUCUUCUCAUCUUGUGGGAAAGCUGUUUAUUCUGGUUAUUCUGGUUAUUCUGUUUAUUCUGUUUAUUCAGUUUAUUCUGGUUAUUCUGGUUAUUCUGGUGCUGAUGUCGGCCUGAACUGGUCAGUCAGUGUUGCAGCGUCGGGUCUCAGAGGUGAAUUUGCAUGGAAUAUCUUUCUGGUGGGAAACUGGUUUUACUGGUUUGUUGAUGGUUACCACAGCAACAUAACUAGAAGAAAAAACCUGGAGAACUUUAUUAAUGAAUAUCUUUUAUCAAAAGCAGAAUUAAUUGCGACACUUUUUUGGUGAGGGGCGGGGGUAAGCAUAUUGUACAUUGUAAUUUUGAUUUUUACUGAUUAUCUGUAUAAAUUAUUGAUCAAACAAAGCGUUUGUGUUUAACCAAAUGGUGGGCGUAUGGAUGAGAAAAAGGGACUUAAAUAAGUAGUCAAUGUAGAGUAGCUGUAGAAUAGAUGACCGAAGUAGAGGAUGUGAGCUUUCCUCUGUUCCUCAGUCGAAGGAACUCGAUCACGGCUCCCCGUUCCUGUGUAACAACUCGAGACUCACAGCAUUCAGAUACGAGUCGUAUUGGACUCAGAAUGAGAGACAAUGUUUUUGUGAAACCUGCUUUUGGUGAUACAUCUCAGCAUGUUGUAUUUAUUGUUCAACAGACAUUUUAACAGGUCUUUAUUUUGUUUGAAUACAUUUUGUUCAUGACCUUCUUCGGCACCCGUUUGCCUGUCACACCUUUACGGCUGUCCAGGAACUCGAUGUGGUAUCGAGACGUUGAUGGAGACACACGUGGCGAUGUUUUAAAGAAGUAGUGAAACGUUUUGGGAGAUGUGCUCAUCCGCUUUCUAGUGGAGAGGUGAUGGUGCCACUUUCAUGUCCGUACGGUAAACCUCAAGCUACAGUCAGCUUUUGAUUAGCUUAGCUUAGCAUAAAGACUGGGAGCCAAUCAACUUGCGAGCAUCUCUAAAGCUCACUCAUUUUCAAAAACAAAGACGUUUAAUUGUUAACGAUGCAGUCAGCAGACACUCCAGGAAGUCCCUGCGCCAGGCUGAGAAAUAAUCUGGCAUCUAGCCGCCCGCACACACACAGCAUGACACUUUUUUUCCUACAGAUAAAACAAGCGACGUCCAAUGUGUCGACUAAUGAGCUUUAGAGAUGUCGGUCGUAGUUUUGUUGACCGUUUCCAGUCUUUGUGCUGAGCUCAGCGUCUUCUAGCUGUACAGCAUCACAUUUACAGACAUGAGGAUGAUUUUCAUCUUCUCUCUCGACAGAAAAAGGAAAUAAGUCCCAAACGUAGAUCUAUCUCUUGAAAUGAUGAAGAUUGUCACCGAAGCUUCAACGUUCAAUUGGAACUAAAGGAAGAUUAAGAUAAAUCACAAAUGUUCUCUGAAUGUCUUUGUGUUCUGGUGAUAUACAGGACUGUCUCAGAAAAUUAGAAUAUUGUGAUAAAGUUCUUUAUUUUCUGUAAUGCAAUUAAAAAAACAAAAAUGUCAUGCAUUCUGGAUUCAUUACAAAUCAACUGAAAUAUUGCAAGCCUUUUAUUCUUUUAAUAUUUAAUAAUUUUUUAAUUGCAUUACAGAAAAUAAAGAACUUUAUCACAAUAUUCUAAUUUUCUGAGACAGUCCUGUAUAAUGUCGACUAGACGGCAACGGAUUACUGAUCCUGCCGGUGUUUACGGUUGAUUCUCGGUGAUCGGGGUUCAUCUCUGCUGCCGCCCCUUCCUUCUGUUUAAAUUGAACAGGUGUGUAUUUUAAGGAAACCGCAAUGCAAAUCUGACUUCUGCUAAAUGAGAACCGUAAGCGUGACACGCGUUGAGCUUAGUUUCGGCGUGCCAGGUUCACCACGAACCACGCCGAGUGAUUGGUGGAGAAAGAGUCUGACUACUGGCGACAUGUAUUUAAUGCUCUAUUGAAGGGUUUUAUCUUGGUUUUUUUCUGUUUGUACAAUUAUUUUUAUUUUAGCGAUAUGCAACUGAUUUAUUUUGACGCUGUGUUUUGUUCAUUCUUUUGAGAUGUUGUGUAAACGCUGCACUUUACACAUUACCACUGGAGAUAGAAAGGAGCCGGCGGGGUCAGUGCACCACGGCGGCGCUGGCAGCUUGGAAUUUAUCUCAAGGAGGUCGACAUGAAGCAUUUAAGCCAAAUGAGCUGACACGAUCCGUCACUCCCAACUGUUAAAUGUCGUAUUCUCACACCGUGGCAUCAACGUCUAAACGUGGCCAUGAUGUUCCCACCUUGAUGGACCUGGAGACACGAGGUUUGAGCUGCUGGAACGAGAUCGCCUGUGAGGCGAGACGGGUGCUUCUCCACGGUGUUAGGGCUCACUUUUUGUUUCUUUGUGGCUACUGUGGAACUUGAAAUAUUGUGGAAACAAUGUUGUUUAUUGUUUUAGCCUCUUUUUGUUAUUGAUGCUGCAAUUAUAAAACAUCUGACUGGGGUUAACUUUAA